UACCAUUUUUGUUCAGAGUUCUCACAGUCCUAUUCCUACACACAAAAAGGUUAAACAAAAUUUCCGUUUCUGUAUCAUUAAAAUCUCAGUGUGAAGCAAUGCAAAAAGAAGAGCAGCAGCGGCAGCAGCCGAGUGAGAAAGUGGAGCCGCCGAAUCAGUGCCAGUCACUGCCAGAGAAUGAGAAGAAAGACCAAAGGGCGCUACUGAUCAAGGCACUCGGGCGUUUCCGACCGGAGGAUGCAACUCCCCUGCAGUUCUACAACUGUGUCCGGGAGGCGUGCAUUAUGCACAACUGCAGCAUUGAUGAGGGCCUGGAACGGGCGGUCAUUCAUUGGCCUAAACUUAGCACAAGACAGCGGAAUCUCUACGAUUCGCAACGGCAUGCGGAGCUGCCCAUUCCCGUGCCGCGUCACCUUGUCUACCGCGCCUUUGAAAAGGAGCGAAACGGUCUAUGGACAUUGGGACGCUCCGCGGCAUCCACCAAUGGCUCGACCACGUACACGGUGGAGGCAUACAAGCCAACGCCGAAGCCCAGCAAACUCCGAGCUCUGCUGAACGCCAAGAAGCCCAAGUACGACAAUAUGCGUACUCUGUCGCCCAAGAGUGCCGCCACCCAGAGUCUACCGUCGCAAAAUGUGCGAGUGUCACCGGCUUCUGGUCGAAGGAUACGCACUCUGAUGCCGCCACCACAGCUACCGAUGUCAGUGGCAAACGUUCAGGUCAGUGGAUCGAAUGCAGCCAUACGACGCAUCUUGUCGACGGUUAGCAUCGCGCAGAAGACACUGAGAAAACGCAGGCGCUUGAAGAAAAUAACACACAAAAGUGGAACAGCGAUAACCCCCAAACGUUGGAGUAUAUCCAGUUCGGGCACAAGAUCCCGAAAGGGCUCCGGGAGUGGCAGUGGCAGCAUUGCCAACAAAACUACUGAAAAAUCUUCCGUGAAGAGCAAGAGAAAGCCAAAAUCGAAGAAAACUGUCAAGAAAUCGAUCAAAACCGAUCAAAAGUCAAGUGUGAAAACCAAUUGGCAACUGGCCAUCGGUGGUGUUAGGCAACAUCUGAAAAAGAAAACCCUUUGAGCCCAUAUAAGGUUUGAUUUCACCUCU